AUGGCGCUGAUGUAUACGGUGACUGUACACGGGCGCGAGGAGAUGCUGGUGGUGGACGGGCGGUAUCGGGUGGAGGAAGUGCUCGGGGCUGGAACGUCGGGUGUGGUGGCGAGGGCGGUCGAGGUGGCGAGCGGAAAGGAGGUGGCGGUGAAGAAGCUGUCGCGGCUGAUGGACGCGAAGCGGCUCUCGACCGAGGCACUGACGCUGCAGGCCAAGCGCACACUGCGUGAGCUGGCCAUCCAGGGCGUGCUCGAUCAUCCCAACAUUCUCGCGCUGCUCGACGUCAUGCCCAUCGCCGCAAGCGACGCCACGUCGUUCACAGAUCUGUACCUGGUAGUCGAGCUGGUCGACGUCGACCUCCGGUCGGUCCUUGCCUCCUCACAGAGCCUCACGUCUGCGCACUACGUCUUCUUUGCCUACCAGAUCCUCAAGGCACUCAAGUACCUGCACUCGGCAGGCUGCAUGCACCGCGACCUCAAGCCAGACAACUGCCUCACCAACGCACACUGCGUGCUCAAGAUCUGCGACUUUGGGCUCGCCAAGCAGCACAUUGUACCAGACUACGAGGCGGUGGUGGUGACUCGGGCGUAUCGUGCACCUGAGCUCUUUCUCGACCCGUACAACUACUCGGAAGCCAUCGACAUGUGGGCCGUAGGCAUGAUGAUCCUCGAGUUUCUCUCCGGCGACGCGCGGCCGUGGCUCGACGGGCCGACUGACCUCUCGCAACUCAACCUCAUCUUGGACACCUUUGGCCCACCACCGAGCGAUCUUGUGGACCAGUACCCGGCUGAUGCGCGCAGCUACAUCCUCGGCUACACCUUUCCGCCGUUUGUCCCGCUCUCGGCCCGAUUCCCAGACGCACCGCCGGACUUGCUUGACCUCGCGACACGGCUGUUGGACAUGGACUGGCGGACUCGGCUGAGCGCCGCUGAUGCGCUCGACCAUCCGGUCUUUGACACUGAAUUCCGCGACCGCGCUUCCGAGAUCGAGGCGCCACACCAGCUCGCUCCCUUUGACUUUGAGCUUGCACCAAGCCUCGACGCGUCCACCAUCCGCGCCCUACUCUUCAACGAAAUGCUCCGAUUCCACCCCGAAGCCGCGUCGCAUCAGGCGUACACGGCAGACCUGUACUCGAUGCUCCAUCCAUCGCCGGGCCCACCUUCCGAGCCAGUGCCAGCCGCCAUGGCUACCUCGCCCAACUACGCCUUUGGAAGCGAGCCUGCAACGAGCAUGGCCUUUCCCGACGACGAGCCCGAGUUUAUGAGCGGCGGCGCUGCUGUCGGGAUGGACAUGGGCACUCCGACCUUGACGUAGCGACAUCGUGGUCAUUGUUGUCGUCAUCUGCUCCAUAGCGAAACAAUGAUCCGACCAUAUAACCAUAUUAUAUCAUCAUGGU